AUCGCUGCUUGAUUCUGCCUCUGUCGCGCUGGCAGCGCUGCGGGUGAGCAGCGCUGAGCUGGCGCACUGCAGUGCCGCCCUGGCAGCCAUGCUGGGCCGCCCGGCCCGGGCCGUGGAGGGGCGGGUGAUGGAGGAUUUUAUUGCCCGGGAUGACGUGGCAGCCUUCCAGGCGUGGUUCUCUACAGUCUCUGACGCCGUCCUACGUGGCGCGUCCAUGUCAGCGCCAGCGUGGCAGCGGCAGCGCCAGCACGACGUGCGGCUGGUGCUGCCGGGCGGCAAGCUGCGUCCUGUGCGGAUCACGGUCGAGGCCGCCCCUCCAACUUCCACUGGUGGAGGAGUGGGAGCAGGGGUAGCGGGUGGUGGUGGUGAUGCUGCUGCUGCUGGUGGUACUGGGAAUCAUGUGUCGAUGGUCAUGGCUGUGAUUUGCGACCUGGCAGCUGCCAGCACUGCGAAGCCGCCCUCCUCAGAUCGCCACCGCUUCAUUCUGGAGCAUCUACCUGCGGGCGUGGUGCACGUGCUGCCGCAGCCGGGGGGAGCGGGGGGGCCAGGGGGAGCGGGGGGAAAGGGUGGGGAGGUGCUGGUGAAUGCGCAUGUGGAGGCGAUAGUGGGGUACUCGCGGGAGGAGCUGGGGAGUGUGGACGAGUGGUUCUCGCUGCUGUUCCGGGAGCGAGAGGCCGAGAUCGCAAGGCAGGCUUCCCUCACCUAUGCUGCAUUGCAUGCUCUGCGUGUGGUGCGCAAGGUGAUGGAUGCGGACAGGAAGGCGGGGUUCCCCCAUCCGCGCACCAUGCGUGUGGUGCGGAGCGACGGCGAGCAGCGGUGGGUGGAGGUGGUGGGGCGCGACUGCAGCAAUCUUUCCUCUUCCAGUGACAUAACCGGGGGAGCAGCGGAGGGGGGAGGGGGCGGGGAGCUGUGGGUGGUGAGUGACAUCACGGACCGGCUGAUCGUGCAGGAGAAGUUCCGCCUGCUCUUUGACUUCUCCUCGGAUGACUAUCUGGUGUGUGACGAGACGGGGAUCACGGAGUGCAACAAGGUGGUGGUGAGGUGGGGUUGUUGCACUCCACGAGACGGGGUCAUGGAGUGCAGGGGGCACAAGGACGGCUACCUGGUGUUUGAUGAGACGGGCAUCACCGAGUGCAACGAGGCGGCGGUGCGCUGCCUGCGCUGCCCCGACAAGGCCAGCCUGCUGGGCCACCACCCCGCGCUCUUCUCGCCGCUGAAGCAGCCGGACGGGCAGCUGUCCAAAGAGAAGGCUAAAGCCAUGGACCGGAGGGCAGAGCAGCACGGCAUGCACAAGUGCGUGAGGAGGGGAGGGGUGGGUGGGAGGGGACGUGGUGGGCAUGCACAAGUGCGUAGGGGGGAAGGAUGGGGGGGUGGGGUUUGGGUGGAGGGGAGGCGGGGGUGGUUGCAGUUUGAGCGGGUGUACCAGCGGUUUGACGGCUCGUUGGUGCCCAUAGAAGUGACUUUGACGUUCCUGGAGGUGCAGCAGCAGCACGCCAUGUACUUGGUGGUGUGGCACGAGGUGGCCGAGAUCAAGCAGCAGGCGGAGGAGCUCAGAGCCGCCAACACUCGCCCCCUCUCCUCCCUUUCAUCCCUCCCUUUCAUCCCUCCCAUCCCAUCCCUCCUAUCCCCUUCCGUCCCCUCCUCCCCGCCCCUCAGAUUCGAGUGGGUGUACCAACGUUUCGACGGCUCUCUAGUCCCAAUAGAAGUGACGCUGACGUUCCUGGAGGUGCAGCAGCAGCACGCCAUGUACUUGGUGGUGUGGCAUGAGGUGGCCGAGAUCAAGCAGCAGGCGGAGGAGCUCAGAGCCGCCAAGGACGCCGCUGAGAAGGCCAGCCAGGCCAAGAGCCAGUUCCUCGCCAACAUGAGCCACGAGAUCCGUACCCCCAUGAACGGUGUGAUCGGAGUGGCGGAGCUGCUAUUAGGAACGGACCUCACAGCGGAGCAGCGCUCGUACCUCGAGAUCAUCCGCUCCUCGGGGGACAAUCUCCUGAGAAUUAUAUCCGAUGUGCUGGAUCUAUCCAAGAUCGAAUCCAAGAACCUGGCGCUAGAAACACAUAGAGUUCAAUAUCCAGCAGCAGGUGACGGAGGCGCUCUGGCGCUGCAAGAGGGGCUGCUAGAGGUGACAGAGGCGCUGGCGCUGCUAGAGGUGGUGGCGAAGGACAAGGGGCUGUAUUUGGAGCUGGAGAUCGCUGAAGAGGUGCCGUCCGUAGUGGUGGGCGAUCCAGUGCGGUUGAGACAGGUGCUGCUGAACCUCAUCUCCAACUCCAUCAAAUUCACUGAUAACAGAUGGAUGGAAGGAACGAUGGUUCUGCAAAGAGGCAAACAGGUGGGUUCGUUGUUGAACGUCCUCUUUGACUCAUCGCCUCCCCUUUCCCCUCUGUUCCCCUCUCCCCCCGCACCUCUUCCCCUCCCCCCUCGCACCUCUUGCCUCCCUUCCCUCCUUCCCCGCCCCUUCCCGCCUUCCCCGCCCCUUCCCUCCUUCCCCGCCCCUGCCCUCCUUCCGCGCCCCUGCCCUCCCCCCCCAGUGGCGGAAUCACAGUGGACCUGCGUCUGGCCACUGACGAGGAGAUCAAAGAGUGUGAUGGUGCGGUUUGAGGUGCGGGACACAGGAGUGGGCAUGGACGAGAGUGCGCGCAGCCGGCUGUUCAAGGCGUUCUCGCAGGCCGAUAACUCCACCAGCCGCCGCUACGGUGGCACGGGGCUGGGCCUGGCGAUCUGCAAGAGCCUCUGCAAUUUGAUGGGGGGCGAUAUCAGCCUUCACAGCCAGGUGGGCGUGGGGUCCACCUUUUACUUCCACGUGCGGGUGGGCGUGGUGAGGCGCGACGCCCAGUCAGCCACGGCAUCGGCGGAGCAGUCGCUCACAAGUGACGUGGAGCCGCUGUGGAAGCACCUGCAGGACCUCAGAGUGCUCGUUGCCGAGGACAACAAGGUUAAUCAGAUGGUGGCGACGCGCAUGCUGCACAACCUGGGCCUCAAGUACGACGUGGUGGAGAACGGCAAGCUCGCCGUGCGCGCGUGCUCCGAGCGCUGCUACGACGUCGUGCUCAUGGACCGUCACAUGCCAGAAAUGGGCGGGUUUGAAGCCACGAGGAAGAUUCGGGAGAUGGAAGCGGAGAGGCUGCAGGACUGCCACAUGCCAGAGAUGGAUGGGUUUGAAGCCACGAGGAAGAUCAGGGAGAUGGAGGUGGAGAGGCUGCAGGUGUACACAGCAGCCAUGGCCGCCUGUGGUAACGGCUCCCCUUACGGCAGCGCCGCCAGCUGGGUGGAUAAAAGCGAUGCCAGCGAUAGUGAGGCUAGUUCCCCCUCCCAGCCCCGAAGGGCUCAUAUGCCCCCGCGGCCGCACCGGACGUUUAUCGUCGCGCUUACUGCGUCUGCUCUUAGCGAGGAUAAGGACAGCUGCAUGGCUGCUGGGAUGGACUAUUAUUUAUCGAAGCCGAUCCGGCCGCGGGAGAUUGAGAAGGCGAUCAGGGAGAGCUUGACCCAGGCGAAGAGCCCGACGGGUGAGUUAAAGCCCACGUCGCCGCAGCUGAGGUACCAGCAGACGAAGCGGCAGCUGCUGCUGCAGCAGCAGGAGCAGCAGCGGCAGCAGGAGCAGCAGAGGCAGCAGGGUGUGGGGCGGGACGGGAGGGGGGCAGGAGGGGAGAGUGAGAGAGAGGGGGAGGAUACUGUUGAGUUUGUUCCAGGGAGGGGUGUCGGGAAGGUACAGGGGAGGGAUGCUGUGGGGGAAUCGAGGGGCGAUGUGGUUGGGGGAGGCGAAGGCGGGAGAGCAGGAGAAAUGGGAGGAGCAGCAAGUGGGAUGGACAGGAGUGGGAUGGGAGGGGGAGCAAUGACUAGCACAGGAACGGGAGGGGGAGGGGGAGGGGGAGCAGGUGGGGGAGGGGGAGGGGGGCGAGGGGGAGCGACAGGGGGGAGGGGGGGAAAGAGUCUGGCAGCGUACCCGUCAUUUGGGUCAUGGAACGAUGUGCUGGGGUCGGAGUCGGAAGGCUGUGCCUCUGAUGACUCCUCCCGGGGCCGCCCCCGCCCCCGAGGAGGGGCCGCCGCACCCCCUGGCCCCACUGCUGCUAGUGCUGCCGGUGCUGCCAGUGGUGGCAAGGGUGGUGGCAGUGGCUUGGGUGGUGGCAGUGGCAAGGGUGGUGGCAGUGGCUUGGGUGGUGGCUUGGGUGGUAGCUUGGGUGGUGGCUUGGGUGGUGGGAUGGGAGAGGUGGGAGGUAGACGAGGAGGAGGUGCAGGUGGUGGCAUUGCUGCUUCUGCUGGCAGUGGUGGACGUGCUGGUGGUGGUGGUGGUGGAGAUACUGGUGGUGGUGGUGGUGGAGAAUGCGAAGAGGAGAGAGAGGAGGAGAGGGGGGGUGGGAGAGGAGGAGGAGGAGGAGCAGGAGGAGGAGGAGGAGGAGGAGGAGGAGGAGGAGGAGGAGGAGGAGGAGGAGGAGGAGGAGGAGGAGGAGGAGGAGGAGGAGGAGGAGGAGGAGGAGGAGGAGGAGGAGGAGGAGGAGGAGGAGGAGGAGGGGGGGGGGAGAAAGGAAGGAAGUUCCUAGACGCCUUGCCAGCAGCAACGUCAGCAGCUUCCAGGAAGCUGCACGGGCAGGGGGAUGAGUGUCUGCCGGCCAGGCAGCCUUUUUCAGCCCUGUCUGUGCGCGCCCGCUCGCGCUCCAUGUCCAUGUCCAUCGCUUACAUGAACUUCCAGGUGGAGAGUGACGACGAGGAGGACGAGGAGGGGGUGCUGGGAGGGGGGUCCAACGGAGGCUUCUCCCAAGGCUGGCUCGCCGGCAGAACCGGCAGCGGCUCCUAUGCCGCUGGCCCUUCUGCUUCUGCCUCUGCUGGUGCUUCUUCUGCUGCUGCCCGCGCUUCCCCUGCUGGUGCGAGCGGGUCAGACAGUGGCAACGGGGGGAGGUUGGGCGGAAGGCCUGGAGGGUUGGCCGGAGGGGGGCAGAGGGAGGAGUCUUUUGGCGGUGAAAUUCAUGGAGGGAGUGGGGGGGACCAGAGAGGGGUGGGAGGGAGUGUGAAUGGAGAGGAGGAGGAGGAGGAGGAGGAGGAUGAGGGUGAAUUAUCGUCGUCCAGUCGAGGGGGUUCAAGUGUGGGGGGGAGCGUGCGGAGUGGGAGGAGUGGCAGUGGGAGAGUGGGUAGUGUGAGUGGAGGGUCAGGAAUAGAGAGGAAUGGUAGCGAUAGGAGCCUAAGGGAGCAGGCUGCUAGCCCGAGAGGGGAAGGCGUGGGGAGAGGAGGAGGGAGAGGAGGAGGUGGGGUAGGAGGAGGGAGGGGAGGUGGGGUCAGGGCAGCGAGGGGAGGAAGUGCAGGUAUGGCAAGGGCAGGUCCAGGGGGGAUGGAAAGAAGAGGAACGGGGGAGAGAGGAGGCAGAGGAGGAGGAGGAGGAGGAGGAGGAGGAGGAGGAGGAGGAGGAGGAGGAGGAGGAGGAGGAGGAGGAGGAGGAGGAGGAGGAGGAGGAGGAGGAGGAGGAGGAGGAGGAGGAGGAGGAGGAGGAGGAGGAGGAGGAGGAGGAGGAGGAGGAGGAGGAGGAGGAGGAGGAGGAGGAGGAGGAGGAGAGGAGGAGGAGGAGGAGGAGGAGGAGGAGGAGGAGGAGGAGGAGGAGGAGGAGGAGGAGGAGGAGGAGGAGGAGGAGGAGGAGGAGGAGGAGGUGGGAGAGGAGGAAUGGAGAGGAGAGGGAGUGGUGACCCAAUGGAUCAAAAACUCACAGGUGGGGGCGAGCGCAGGCGGGCAGGAGCGCGUUCCAGAGAGCCCCAGGCAUGGGCGAAUACCCCGACCCGACGGGAGAGGGGGGAAGCCUCCGCCCUCUGGGGGGAAUGCGCCAGGGGGAGGGGCAGGGGCGCCUGGCGGGCGGGCAGGGGGGGCAGGGGCGGGCGGAGGGGUUGGGACUAGCGUGGGGAGGGGGAAUCCGGGAGGGUCGGGGCUGGGGAGAGGGAGCGGGGGGAGGGGAGGGGGUGGGGGGGAAGGUGUGGGGGAGAGUAGAGGAGAGGGGCGGGUCGGGCGGUGGGAGGGGCAGGUGAGGGGAAGCAGAGUGAGAGCUACGGGGCAGGCAGGGGUGGGGGGUCUGGGCCAGGCAACCCCGCUCCUGGGAACGCAUCCAGGGGUGGGCCUCUGGGCACUCCUGGUAGUCUCCGGCGGCCGCCCGCGCACAAGCGGAGAACUUUCUAAUCGCAUGGGGGGCACUGCUGGGAAAAUCCUGGGCCGCGGGGGGAGUGUCGGGGGAGGGGGAGGGUUAGGGGGAGGAGGGGUGCAGAGGGCGCAGUCUAUGUCCCCCCUGUGGCGCAGCACGAGCAUGGACCCGGGGUCGCUGAGUGCUGGUGGGGGCAGGCAGCCCAGGACGGGGUCGGAGCAGCGGGCAGCACAGGACAUGCGCAUGUGGAUUGAGCGGGCCAGUAACCCCAAGAUGGAUGAAUGGCUGUCGCAGGUUGCCUCCAGCUCACCUCCGCCUGUCCCCCGCGCCGUGAGGAAAUCCAGCAGCAGCGGCACCACCCCCCUCUGUCUUCCCCUCACCGCUUUCUGCCCCUCCCCUCCUUCUCUUCCACUUCAGGUCGUCUCCAGCUCACCUCCGCCUGUCCCCCGCGCCGUGAGGAAAUCCAGCAGCAGUGGCACCACCCCUCCGCUGCACUCUGCCGACCGACCCCCUUUACAGUCACACUCGCGCUCGCCGUCCCACUCACACGUGCCCUCCCAUCCCCAGCAGCAACAGCUGCAGCAGCAGCAACAGCAGCAGCGCAAGUCGCUUAGACGCAUGCAGAGCUCUCCCUCUCUGUCCCCCAUCACAAGCCCGACUGGGGAGGAGAGCUGA